UCAAGGCAGUUCAGCCCUCCACGACUCAGACGCGUUGUACCGAGCUGUCUGUCAACGUCGAGCGCCUUCCCCCUUCUUCAUUCUUGUGAGAGAGAAGAGAACAUUUGGGUUGUAAUUUUUCCCUCUUCAACGACGUCUCGCUUCAGAUAACACCUGCUUUCGUCUCACCAUGAUUUUCAGCUGAUCUUCAAAGUGUCCGGGUGGUUCUGGGGGAUCCAGGUUGGUGUGACAGAACGAGCUUACUGAGGGGUACUGCCUGAGAGCAACAGGGACCCAGGUCCUCAAGUGACUCGGAGGGCGGGACUUCGCAAGCGUUGACAGCAUGGAGCAGGAACACGUCAAGAUCCUCAACAGAGGAGAAGAGGAUGAGAUGGAGCUGCAGGGCUUCCGCCUGUGCCGCUGGCGCCUGGCCGUGGUGGGCCUGGCCGUGCUGUCCACGGGGGGCUUCCUCCUGCUGCUGCUCUACUGGCUGCCCGAGUGGUGCGUCAGGUCCACCUGCACCCGCACCACCGCGCAGGACGCCCAGGUGGUGCUCCUCCGCAGCACGGACGAGUUCCGCCGUUGGUUCCUGGCCAAGGUGCGCGUGAUCCUGGCUCCCGGGAGGAGCCCUUUCCACAUCCUGGAUACCCAGACCACCUCCCCCUCCUCCAUCCCCUCCCCCGACAGCCCCACCCCCGCCACGGGGAAAGGACCCCGCCGUCAGACAUCCCAGGCCGACCCCAAUCAAGAGCUCAUCCACAGAUAUGGCGAAUACCAACCCACGCAGAUCCGAUAUUUCACACACCACAGUGCCAAGUACUACUGGAAUGGAGAGGCGCAGAACUUUGAGGUUUUAACAGGCCUGGAGGAUCUGCAGGUGAGCUGCUCAGCCUUGCACUCUGAGCACAGCGCUGGGCUGUCCAGGAACCUGCAGGAGUACAGGAGACUGUUCUUCGGAGUGAAUGAAAUUGCGGUGAAAGUGCCUUCGGUCUUCAAACUUCUUAUCAAAGAGGUCCUGAAUCCGUUCUACAUCUUCCAGCUCUUCAGUGUGAUCCUGUGGGCUUUCGAAGAGUAUUACUACUACGCUGCCACCAUCGUGUUCAUGUCCUUCAUUUCCAUAGCUACCUCUCUGUACACCAUUAAAAAGCAAUACAUCACACUCCGCGACAUGGUGGCCGCGCACAGUAUUGUCCGCAUGUCCAUUUGCCGCGCCAACAACGAGAUCGAAGAGGUCAUCUCCACCGACGUUGUGCCCGGCGACGUCAUCGUCAUCCCUAGCAACGGCACCAUCAUGCCAUGUGAUGCGGUGCUGGUCACGGGAACAUGCAUCGUCAAUGAGAGCAUGCUCACAGGGGAGAGCGUCCCGGUCACCAAGACCAACCUGCCCAACCCGGUGCAGGGCGACCGGGACGCCGAGAAGGACUCUGCCUUCAGCACGGAGGAGCACAAGAGACACACCCUGUUCUGUGGCACACACGUCAUCCAGACCCGCUUCUACACCGGCGAGCUCGUCAAGGCGGUGGUGGUCCGCACAGGGUUCAGCACGGCCAAGGGCCAGCUGGUGCGCUCCAUCCUCUACCCCAAGCCCACGGACUUCAAGCUGUACCACGACGCCUACCUCUUCCUCCUGUGCCUGGUGGGCGUGGCCGCCAUCGGCUUCAUCUACUCCAUCGUCCUGAGCGUCAUGAAAGAGGUGCCCAUCAAGGAGAUUAUCCUGGAGUCUCUGGACAUCAUCACCAUCACCGUGCCGCCCGCGCUGCCCGCCGCCAUGACGGCGGGCAUCGUGUACGCCCAGCGCCGCCUCAAGCAAAUCGGCAUCUUCUGCAUCAGCCCCCAGAGGAUCAACAUCUGUGGGCAGAUCAACCUGGUCUGCUUCGACAAGACUGGGACCCUGACAGAAGAUGGACUGGAUAUGUGGGGGAUCCAUAGAGUGGAGAAUGGCAGCUUCCAGCUGUCAGAGGAGAGUGCCUACAAGGAGAGCCUGGUCAAGUCCCAGUUUGUGGCCUGCAUGGCUACCUGCCACUCCCUCACCAAGAUCGAGGGCCAGCUGUCUGGCGACCCCCUGGACCUGAAGAUGCUGGAGGCCAUCAGCUGGACCCUGGAGGAGGCCACGGAGGAGGAGACGGCCCUCCACGAGCGCAUCAUGCCCACCGUGGUGCGGCCCCCCAAGGAGCUGCUGCCCUCGGAGCCGGCGGCCUCCCCGGAGAUGGACAUGGUGGGUGUGAUUCAUCUUUAAUUAAACUUGAUACACCUCCUUAAUUUCUCCUCUUCCCAGUCGAUGUAUGAGAUCGGUAUCGUGAGGCAGUUCCCCUUCUCGUCGGCGCUGCAGAGGAUGAGCGUUGUGGCGCGGCGUCUGGGGGAGAAGCGCAUGGACGCCUACCUGAAGGGGGCGCCAGAGGUGGUGGCCAGCCUUUGCAAGAAGGAGUCCGUUCCGGAGGACUUUGGAGAGGUUCUGGAGGAAUACACCAAGAAGGGUUUCCGGGUCAUCGCCCUGGCCCACCGCCGCCUGGAGUCCAAGCUAACCUGGCACCGAGUGCAGAACGUCAACCGCGACCACGUCGAGGCCAACAUGGAGUUCCUGGGUCUGAUCAUCAUGCAGAACAAGCUGAAGGCAGAAACUCCAGCGGUGCUGCAGGAUCUCCACAGAGCCAACAUCCGCACCGUCAUGGUAACGGGAGACAACAUGCUGACGGCCAUCUCGGUGGCCAGGGACUGCGGCAUGAUCCCUCCCCAGGACAAGAUCAUCAUCGCCGACGCCCUGCCGCCGCGGGACGGACAGACCGCCAAGAUCAACUGGAGAUACGCAGACAAGCCCGGCAAGAUGCCCCGUCUGGAGGAAGUGGUCAUCAGCCUGGAGGACAUAUGUCACAUGGACGAAGCCAAGUCUGCACAGCAGCAGUUCCACUUCGCCAUGAGCGGCAAGUCGUUCGACAUCAUCAUGGAGCACUUCCCCGAUAUGAUGCAGAAGCUGGUGCUCCAUGGCACCGUGUUCGCCAGGAUGGCUCCGGACCAGAAGACGCAGCUCAUUGAAGCACUGCAGGGCGUCGACUACUAUGUUGGGAUGUGUGGUGAUGGAGCUAAUGACUGUGGGGCGCUGAAGAGGGCCCACAGCGGCAUCUCUCUGUCGGAGCUGGAGGCCUCCGUGGCGUCCCCCUUCACCUCCAGGACCCCCAACAUCUCCUGCGUGCCCAACCUCAUCAGGGAGGGUAGAGCGGCACUCAUCACCUCCUUCUGUGUCUUCAAGUUCAUGGCCCUCUACAGCAUGAUUCAGUACAUCAGCGUCACCCUCCUCUACUCUAUCCUCAGUAACCUUGGAGAUUUUCAGUUCCUCUUCAUCGAUAUCGCCAUCAUCCUCUUCCUCGUCUUCACCAUGAGCUUGAACCCAGCGUGGAAGGAGCUGGUGCCUCGGCCUCCUCCCUCGGGCCUCAUCUCGGCCCCGCUGCUCUUCUCCGUCCUGACCCAGAUCCUCAUCUGCCUGGCCUUCCAGGUCCUCCCCUUCCUCUGGGUCCAGCAGCAGCCCUGGUAUGAGCAGUGGACGCCGCUGUCAAACGCCUGCAACACAUCAGCAUCAACAUCAACUCACUCUAUGACCAACAUAAGCGCCUUUGAGGUGGACCCGGACUACAUCUCCAACUACGAGAACACCAGCAUCUUCUACGUGUCGUCCUUCCAGUACAUCAUCGUGGCCAUCAUCUUCUCCAAGGGCAAGCCCUUCAGACAGCCCAGCUACAAGAACUGGCCCUUUAUGCUGUCUGCCCUGACCUUGUAUGUGUUCAUGUUGUUUGUGCUGUUCCACCCGAUUGAGGCCAUGGAUGAUUUCUUUAAGAUCGUGUGUGUCCCCUUCUCGUGGCGGAUCAAGCUGUUUCUCAUUGUUCUGGCCAACGCCGCCGUGUCGGUGUUCGUGGAGACGUUCAUCCUGGACGUGGUCUUGUCGAAGCUUGUGUUCAGCCGAGACAAGCAGACUAGCUAUGGCUAUGCCCCCGCCGCCAUGACACAACAGGUGGGCAUCGACCACUGGGGCAUGAAGUGUCUCUCGUGGCUCUGUUGCCAGCGCAACGCGGCCCCCAAGGCCCGCUACAUGCACCUGGCCCAGGAGCUCCGCGUGGACCCCGACUGGCCCCCGCGGCCCACCACCACCACCGAAGCCAAGCCCUGUCCUGAGAAGGACUACCCGAUGAUCUGCAGCUCGUAGCACCCCUCCAGGAGGUCAGGUCCCACGCAACCACGCCCCCCCCCCCCCCCCACCGGCAGGUCAGAGCCCAGAGCGGGUGCUUCCAACCCGCCUGAGGGGGACGGAGCCCCGGUGUGGGGGACUGGGUCUUGUUCGUCUGAUGGUUUGUCAGCUGGCGUUGACAAAGGGCAGAACCCCUCUUGCCGUGCGUUCUCUCUGCAUUAUUAGAUUGCCAUGUUGUCCACCAUACAAAGCCAAAGCUUUAAUUAGUUUGGUAUUUGAGAGAGAGAGACACACACACACACACACACACACACACACACACACACACACACACACACACACACACACACACACACACACACACACACACACACACUCAGGGCUGGGUAUCGUGGCCAAUUUCCUAAAUCGAUUUGAUUUCGAUUCAUAAGGUUCUGAAUCGAAUAAUCUCGAUUCAAUUCAAUCUGCUCUUAAAUAAUGAAAAUGGCUCAACCGUGUUACAAAAUACAAAUGUACUUCAUUUUUUCUCUUCACCUUAAACAACAGGUUUGAAGUGCAAACUUGUAAAUUAGACAGUUUAAACUUGAGCUGUAAACAAAAUUGUCUCACGUCUCAAAAGUGCAAUUUUGAAAUAAGAAAGGAAUUGCAAGUGAAAGUGUACUUGAACUACAACAUUCCAUCACUGCAAAUUGCAUUAAGGCAUUGUUUAUUAAGUGCAGAAAUAAUAAAUAUAUAUCGAUCUCAGGAAUCGCUAUUGCAAAAUGUUAAUGAAAUCGAUCCAAAAUCGAUUAAAUCGAUUUUUUUUUUGCCCAACACACACACACACACACACACACACACACACACACACACACACACACACACACACACACACACACACACACACACACACACACACACACACACACACACACACACACACACACACACACACACACACACACACACACACACCGUUAAGAGGACCCACAGGCAGGAACCUGUGUUUAUCUUCCGAUUCCAUUUUGUAUUUGGAAUCUCCACCCAUGACAAUUAUUUGAUUGCAGGCACAGUAUACAUAAAUAUGAUAACAGUGAUACCAUUUCAGAUUACCGUUAAGUCAAUGAUGUUAUACAAGCGCACAUAGGAGCCUAUUUUAGUAGUUCUUCUGAGGUCAGCACAAAGAGACUAGGACCUUGGCUGUGCAUGACGCCAGUCGUUGGAAACCUUAGGUAGGGUCCAGAAAUGAUUCAAACACAACUGUAGUAUUGCAUUGCCGAUAUUUUGAUUUCUCCAAAGAAUACUCAGCAUGUAAUGUAACGAAGGCCUCACUUCUCCCCAUGCAUGUCCAAACAACGCUAAGGGCUUGCAUACAGUUCUAUGAUGUAUAGUCAUUUGCUUGUAUAAUAUAUUACAAUAUAUUAUAUAUCCUUAAUGCUGUCCGUAUCGCAUCGCUUCCUAUGGAAGACUGGAUAAUUGUGGGAUCAUCGAGCAAAACUACACAAUCAAGCGUCAAGAUCCAACCAACUGUUUAGGGUCUUUGUCUGUGGGUAAACUGUGCUAAAAAAAAAACCUGCCCUAUAUGAUGCAAUGCCACAGGAAUAGCAGAAAAGAACUGGAGGAAAGUAUUGCUGUUUGUGUUCAUAGCAUAAGCCUAUUGCAAUCCAAAAAAUACAAACAUUUCUUAUCAGUCCAUCUCCCAAUUGUACCGACGCUACUUAUUCACCGUUGUUUCAUUUCAGUCCUGAGCCUUUCUGUGCCAAAAUCAUACAGACGAUUUUCUGAACAUGCUUUACAGAAAUCUGUUGCCCAACUUCAUUGGGCUGCAGUCUAGAUCGCAACCAGUUCGAAAGAUUUGUGUCAGGAUCAGACCAUUAACCUCAAUCAUUAGCUUAUUAAUUGUACUGACCAUGUAUUUCAAACAGGCAAUCAUUGUGUCAGUCUGCUAUUUCAGAUCACAUUAUUUCUGUACAUGCAUCCGUUUUUAAUCGCGUUAGUGUGUUGCUAUAUUAAAAUAUAUAAAUAUAUGUGAUUAUUUAAAUAGGCUCAAAACCUUGAGUUCAAAAUAAAAGCCAUUGCCUAUGAAGUACAAUUGUUGCUUACAUAGAUUGAAUACAUCAAUACCCUAAAAUGAAUCAGAUGGUCUGGGUUUGGGUAUUAGGGUUAAAGUUAAAUAGAUGAAUGUUUUAAAUAAUUUAAACCAAUGCAAUAUUUAUUUUGUGUUUAUUAUCAAGGCUUUAGCUUUAGUACAUCUCUAUGUUCCAAAGAUUGUAUCAUGUUAUUAAUCAAUUGAUUCAAGUCUACUUCUGUCAAAUUCUACAACCUUGGAUGAGACUGAACUGUACUGGAUCUAUGUUGUUGAUGAUAAUUCUGGUAUCAGAUUACCUCUGUAAAUGUUUGCUGUAAAGUCAGUGUGUUAUCAAAGUGUAUUUUUUUUUUCUCAUAUCAAAGGGCUGUUGUCUGCGUGUUUUCUUUUUAUUUUACCUUUUUUGGUACUUUUUUCAUAAAAUGGGUUGUAGGCUAAUUGGCAGUUUAAUUAUUGGGUAUAUUUUUGUAUUCUGAGCUUCCUUUGUAGGUGUGCAAUAAGCAUAGGUCCUCCUUGUUAAGGCAUGAAUUCUGGGCAUUUAUUUCAAAAUGGUAAUCUGGAUACAUUAUCAGGGGACUUGAAUACCUAUUUGGUGUUUUCUUGGGUGAAGGCUCAACUAGACUGUAGAUCAUCUUUAAACAAUGUUUCAUCCUGGAAACUAUUUGCCCAUUAUUUUUAGUUAUUAUAUUUGUUGGAUGAAAUUACCAAUGGUCUCUUGCACAAAAAAGGGAAGUAUAAUUAAUUUGAUUGCUAAUAACUAAAUAUUUUCUUACAACCAAACUAUACUUUAAUCAGCUUUCAUGUGUUUUUCUGUUAUCAUAUUCUAUGCUAACUGAAGAAAGUGUUUCUGCAGAAAUACCAGCCUGGUUUAACGACAGAGUAUUUUAGGCUCAGCUUCCAAUCAGAAAUGGGCCCCUUGAGAAUGUUCUGUUUCAAAAUUUGAAAUUAUGCUCGUCAGUUGUUUUUUAACAGUUUUUUGCCAUUUCAAAGCAAUGUGUAGAAUGAACCCUUUCUCUUGUAUAGGUACCAUGCACAUAUGCUAUUAAGUUCAUCUCCCAAAUCAUGUUCCAGAUUUGACGCAACCCAUUUACAUUACCCCAAAUAUGAUAAGGCAGUGUAUGGGGUACAUAGAAACUUUCCUUAGGGGAAUGUGAAUAUCUAAAAUACAUUUAGGAGGUUACUAAAAAAAUAUUGAUACCCAAAUUACCCGUCGGAAAAAUUGUAUUUGAAAUAUCUGGUAUUUGAUGCAUUAACUUUGCAUCUGAAAUAUUGAAUACCCGCACAGGUAUCCUUUUUAUAAGCAGAGGUGUAAAUUAUCGGCACAUUUUUGUACUUUGUAUUUUUACUUUUCUCUUUUAUGCUUUUACUGAUGAUUGCAUUUUUUUUUUUAAUAUAUAUAUAUAUAUAUAAAUAAAUGUGCUUUAAAACAA